AUGACUAUCACAAAUUUUGGAGCUGAUGUUGUGGUAACAGGAGCAGCUGUGGCAUUUGUAGGUGGAGCAGCCGUAGCAUUAGUGGGCGGGGCAGCUGUGGCGUUUGUUGGUGGGGCAGCUGUGGCAUUAGUGGGCGGAGCAGCUGUGGCGUUUGUCGGUGGGGCAGCUGUGGCGUUAGUGGGUGGAGCAGCUGUGGCAUUAGUGGGCGGAGCAGCUGUGGCGUUAGUGGGUGGAGCAGCUGUAGCAUUAGUGGGUGGAGCAGCUGUGGCAUUUGUGGGUGGAGCAGCAGUGGCAUUUGUGGGUGGAGCAACAGUGGCAUUUGUGGGUGGAGCAGCUGUGGCAUUAGUGGGCGGAGCAGCUGUGGCGUUAGUGGGUGGAGCAGCUGUAGCAUUAGUGGGUGGAGCAGCUGUGGCAUUUGUGGGUGGAGCAGCAGUGGCAUUUGUGGGUGGAGCAACAGUGGCAUUUGUGGGUGGAGCAGCUGUUGCAUUUGUGGGUGGAGCAGCCGUUGCAUUAGUGGGCGGAGCAGCUGUGGCGUUUGUUGGUGGAGCAGCUGUAGCAUUAGUGGGUGGAGCAGCUGUGGCAUUUGUGGGUGGAGCAGCUGUGGCAUUUGUGGGUGGAGCAGCUGUCGCAUUUGUGGGUGGAGCAGCUGUGGCGUUUGUUGGUGGAGCAGCUGUAGCAUUAGUGGGUGGAGCAGCUGUGGCAUUUGUGGGUGGAGCAACAGUGGCAUUUGUGGGUGGAGCAGCUGUAGCAUUAGUGGGUGGAGCAGCUGUGGCAUUUGUGGGUGGAGCAACAGUGGCAUUUGUGGGUGGAGCAGCUGUCGCAUUUGUGGGUGGAGCAGCUGUGGCGUUUGUUGGUGGAGCAGCUGUGGCGUUUGUUGGUGGGGCAGCUGUGGCGUUUGUUGGUGGGGCCACUGUGGCAUUUGUUGGAGGGGCAGCUGUGGCGUUUGUGGGCGGGGCAGCUGUGGAAUUAGUGGGCGGAGCAGCAGUAGCAUUAGUGGGUGGGGCAACAGUGGCAUUUGUCGGUGGAGCAGCUGUGGCGCUCGGUUGGAAGGUUUCGACCAACUUGAAAUCCAGCUUUAUUUUCGGCUCCAGUUUUGGAGCUGAUGUUGUGGUAAAAGGAGCAGCUGUGGCAUUUGUGGGUGGGGCAGCUGUGGCGUUCAUUGGUGGGGCAGCUGUGGCAUUCGUUGGUGGGGCAGCUGUGGCGUUCGUUGGUGGGGCAGCUGUGGCGUUCGUUGGUGGGGCAGCUGUGGCGUUCGUUGGUGGGGCCACUGUGGCAUUUGGAGGGGCAGCUGUGGCAUUAGUGGGCGGAGCAGCCGUAGCAUUAGUUGGCGGGGCAGCUGUGGCGUUUGUUGGUGGGGAAGCUGUGGCAUUAGUGGGCGGAGCAGCUGUGGCGUUUGUUGGUGGGGCAGCUGUGGCGUUAGUGGGUGGAGCAGCUGUGGCAUUAGUGGGCGGAGCAGCUGUGGCGUUUGUCGGUGGAGCAGCUGUAGCAUUAGUGGGUGGAGCACCUGUCGCAUUUGUGGGUGGAGCAGCAGUGGCAUUAGUGGGUGGAGCAGCUGUGGCAUUUGUGGGUGGAGCAGCUGUCGCAUUUGUGGGUGGAGCAGCCGUAGCAUUAGUGGGCGGAGCAGCUGUGGCGUUUGUUGGUGGAGCAGCUGUAGCAUUAGUGGGUGGAGCAGCUGUGGCAUUGGUGGGUGGAGCAGCAGUGGCAUUUGUGGGUGGAGCAGCCGUAGCAUUAGUGGGCGGGGCAGCUGUGGCAUUUGUUGGUGGUGGAGCUGUGGCAUUUGUUGGCGGAGCAGCUGUGGCAUUUGUUGCUGUGGCAUUUGUUGGCGGAGCAGCUGUGGUGUUUGUUGGCGGAGCAGCUGUGGCAUUUGUUGGUGGUGCAGCUGUGGCAUUUGUUGGUGGAGCAGCUGUGCGUUUAUUGGUGGAGCAGCUGUGGCGUUGUUUGGUGGAGCAGCUGUGGCAUUUGUUAGUGGAGCAGCUGUGGCAUUUGUUGGUGGAGCCAGCUGUGGUGUUUAUUGGUGGAGCAGCUGUGGCGUUGGUUGGUGGAGCAGCUGUGGCAUUUGUUAGUGGAGCAGCUGUGGCAUUUGUUGGCGGAGCAGCUGUGGCAUUUGUUGGUGGUGCAGCUGUGGCAUUUGUUGGUGGAGCAGCUGUGGCGUUUAUUGGUGGAGCAGCUGUGGUGUUGGUUGGUGGAGCAGCUGUGGCAUUUGUUGGCAGGGCAGCUGUGGCAUUUGUUAGUGGAGCAGCUGUGGCAUUUGUUGGUGGAGCAGCUGUGGCGUUUAUUGGUGGAGCAGCUGUGGUGUUGGUUGGUGGAGCAGCUGUGGCAUUUGUUGGCAGGGCAGCUGUGGCAUUUGUUAGUGGAGCAGCUGUGGCAUUUGUUGGCAGGGCAGCAGCUGUGGCAUUUGUGGCCGGAGCAGCUGUGAAAAAAGCAGAUUCUGUUUUAAAAGUGAGGCCGAGUGUCCCUUCGCUGGAGGUUGCUGGAUUGGUGUUGGCGUUUGUUGUUGUAGAAGCUGUGGCGUUUGUUGGUGGGGCAGCUGUGGCGUUUGUUGGUGGGGCAGCUGUGGCGUUCGUUGAUGGGGCAGCUGUGGCGUUUGUUGGUGGGGCAGCUGUGGCGUUCGUUGGUGGGGCAGAUGUGGCGUUUGUUGGUGGGGCAGCUGUGGCGUUCGUUGGUGGGGCAGAUGUGGCGUUUGUUGGUGGGGCAGCUGUGGCGUUUGUUGGUGGGGCAGCUGUGGCGUUUGUUGUUGGGGCCACUGUGGCAUUUGUUGGAGGGGCAGCUGUGGCGUUUGUGGGCGGGGCAGCUGUGGAAUUAGUGGGCGGAGCAGCAGUAGCAUUAGUGGGUGGGGCAACAGUGGCAUUUGUCGGUGGAGCAGCUGUGGCGUUUGUUGGUGGGGCAGCUGUGGCAUUUGUUGGUGGGGCAGAUGUGGCGUUUGUUGGUGGGGCAGCUGUGGCGUUCGUUGGUGGGGCAGAUGUGGCGUUUGUUGGUGGGGCAGCUGUGGCGUUCGUUGGUGGGGCAGAUGUGGCGUUUGUUGGUGGGGCAGCUGUGGCGUUUGUUGGUGGGGCAGCUGUGGCGUUUGUUGUUGGGGCCACUGUGGCAUUUGUUGGAGGGGCAGCUGUGGCGUUUGUGGGCGGGGCAGCUGUGGAAUUAGUGGGCGGAGCAGCAGUAGCAUUAGUGGGUGGGGCAACAGUGGCAUUUGUCGGUGGAGCAGCUGUGGCGUUUGUUGGUGGGGCAGCUGUGGCAUUUGUUGGUGGGGCAGAUGUGGCGUUUGUUGGUGGGGCAGCUGUGGCGUUUGUUGGUGGGGCCACUGUGGCAUUUGUUGGAGGGGCAGCUGUGGCGUUUGUGGGCGGGGCAGCUGUGGAAUUAGUGGGCGGAGCAGCAGUAGCAUUAGUGGGUGGAGCAGCCGUAGCAUUAGUGGGCGGGGCAGCUGUGGCGUUUGUUGGUGGGGAAGCUGUGGCGUUUGUUGGUGGGGCAGCUGUGGCAUUCGUGGGCAGAGCAGCUGUGGCGUUUGUCGGUGGGGCAGCUGUGGCGUUAGUGGGUGGAGCAGCUGUGGCAUUAGUGGGUGGAGCAGCUGUGGCGUUUGUCGGUGGAGCAGCAGUGGCAUUUGUGGGUGGAGCAACAGUGGCAUUUGUGGGUGGAGCAGCUGUUGCAUUUGUGGGUGGAGCAGCCGUAGCAUUCGUGGGCGGAGCAACAGUGGCAUUUGUGGGUGGAGUAGCUGUCGCAUUUGUGGGUGGAGCAGCCGUAGCAUUCGUGGGCGGAGCAGCUGUGGCGUUUGUUGGUGGAGCAGCUGUGGCAUUAGUGGGCGGGGCAGCUGUGGCAUUUGUCGCUGGAGCAGCUGUGGCAUUAGUGGGUGGAGCAGCUGUGGCAUUCGUAGGCGGAGCAGCUGUGGCGUUUGUCGGUGGAUCAGCUGUGGCAUUUGUUAGUGGAGCAGCUGUGGCAUUUGUUGGCGGAGCAGCUGUCGCAUUUGUGGGUGGAGCAGCUGUCGCAUUUGUGGGUGGAGCAGCCGUAGCAUUAGUGGGCGGAGCAGCUGUGGCGUUUGUUGGUGGAGCAGCUGUAGCAUUAGUGGGUGGAGCAGCUGUGGCAUUGGUGGGUGGAGCAGCAGUGGCAUUUGUGGGUGGAGCAGCUGUUGCAUUUGUGGGUGGAGCAGCCGUAGCAUUCGUGGGCGGAGCAACAGUGGCAUUUGUGGGUGGAGUAGCUGUCGCAUUUGUGGGUGGAGCAGCCGUAGCAUUCGUGGGCGGAGCAGCUGUGGCGUUUGUUGGUGGAGCAGCUGUGGCAUUAGUGGGCGGGGCAGCUGUGGCAUUUGUCGCUGGAGCAGCUGUGGCAUUAGUGGGUGGAGCAGCUGUGGCAUUCGUAGGCGGAGCAGCUGUGGCGUUUGUCGGUGGAUCAGCUGUGGCAUUUGUUAGUGGAGCAGCUGUGGCAUUUGUUGGCGGAGCAGCUGUCGCAUUUGUGGGUGGAGCAGCUGUCGCAUUUGUGGGUGGAGCAGCCGUAGCAUUAGUGGGCGGAGCAGCUGUGGCGUUUGUUGGUGGAGCAGCUGUAGCAUUAGUGGGUGGAGCAGCUGUGGCAUUGGUGGGUGGAGCAGCAGUGGCAUUUGUGGGUGGAGCAGCUGUCGCAUUUGCAGGUGGAGCAGCUGUGGCGUUUGUUGGUGGAGCAGCUGUAGCAUUAGUGGGUGGAGCAGCUGUGGCAUUUGUGGGUGGAGCAACAGUGGCAUUUGUGGGUGGAGCAGCUGUCGCAUUUGUGGGUGGAGCAGCCGUAGCAUUCGUGGGCGGAGCAGCUGUGGCGUUUGUUGGUGGAGCAGCUGUGGCAUUUGUGGGCGGAGCAGCUGUAACAUUGAUUGAUGAGAAGUAG